GCUGACGUGUAAAGUGUAUUCGUCGGCGCCCCACAAUUUUCUAAUUUCUCAAAAGAAGAAGCUCAAAAUGAGCUCCUUUAAACGUGACAAGAAAGAAGAAGAGGACAGCGGAGGAAACCCCUUCCAGAACCUCGACAAAACCAUCGUAUUACAAGAAUCCCGGUACUUUAACGAGACACCAGUCAACCCGAGGAAAUGCACACAUAUUUUGACGAAAAUCCUAUAUUUACUCAACCAAGGCGAAAAAUUGACGACACAGGAGGCUACAGAUGCGUUUUUUGCGACCACAAAGCUGUUUCAAUCUAAAGAUGUGAUGCUUAGAAGGAUGGUUUACCUUUGCAUUAAGGAGCUCAGUACUAUGGCCCAAGAUGUGAUUAUAGUGACAUCUUCUCUGACUAAAGACAUGACCGGGAAGGAGGAUCUGUACCGCGCGGCGGCUAUAAGGGCCCUGUGCAGCAUUACAGACAGUACAAUGCUCCAGGCCAUCGAGAGAUAUAUGAAACAGGCGAUAGUUGACAAGAAUUCGGCUGUUAGCUCCGCGGCGCUGGUUUCAGCGUUGCAUCUCUCGUCUACUGCUCCGGACUUGGUCCGGCGAUGGGCUAAUGAAGCUCAGGAGGCGAUCAGCUCGGACAACGCAAUGGUGUCGUACCACGCCCUGGGCGUCGUCGCUUGCUCCAGAAAGAACGACAAGCUAUCCACUGUCAAACUAGUGUCACGUCUUGGGCGGGCUAACUUGAAGUCCCCCUACGCACUCUGCAUGCUCAUCCGCCUAGCAGCCCAGCUGGUAGAAGACGACGAUUCAGAAGCCUCUCAGCCUUACAUCGAGUUCAUCGAAUGUUGCCUCCGACACAAGUCAGAAAUGGUUAUCUACGAAGCUGCCCACGCGAUUGUCAACCUCAGGAAGACCGCUAGAGACUUGGCGCCUGCUGUUUCCGUCUUGCAGCUGUUCUGUGGAUCUUCAAAAGCAGCGCUGCGCCUUGCCGGGGCCAGGACGUUAGCAAGAUUGACAGCGAAGCAUCCUACUGCGGUGGCAGCCUGCGCUGUGGACUUGGAGAAUUUAAUCUCGGAUCCAAACAGGUCCGUUGCCACUUUAGCAGUGACGACGUUACUGGCCACAGGCGCGGAGAGCUCUGUUGAUCGCCUCAUGAAGCAGAUAUCAAGCUUCGUAUCUGAGAUAUCUGAUGAGUUCAAAAUCGUAGUUGUCAAAGCUAUUAGGCGGCUUUGCACCAAGUUCCCGAGGAAGCACCAAUCAUUAGCCGCGUUCCUCGCUGGUAUGCUAAGGGACGAAGGAGGUUUGGAGUACAAAGCAGCCAUCGCAGAUGCGAUAAUAGCCUUGGUCGAGGAAAAUCCUGACGCGAAAGAAACGGGGUUGGCGCAUCUUUGCGAGUUCAUCGAAGAUUGUGAGCAUACCGCUUUGGCGGUUAGGAUUCUUCACUUGCUUGGUCGUGAAGGGCCAAAAUCCCGGCAACCAUCGCGUUAUAUAAGGUUCAUUUACAACAGGGUUAUUUUAGAGUCAGGGCCGGUUCGUGCCGCGGCUGUGUCCGCUGUCGCUCAGUUCGGGGCGCAAAGACCUGAACUACUUCCAAAUAUUAGAGUUCUACUCGCCCGUUGCCAGUUAGACGAUGAAGAUGAAGUAAGAGACAGGGCUAUAUACUACAGCGCGAUACUGGACACAGGAGACCAACAGCUGAUCAACGAUUUCAUAGUGAAUAUUCCCAAACCGAACCCUGUAUUGCUCGAGAAAGCUUUGCGCGAUCACCUCGCGACAAACCCUGAUGAACCUUUCGAUAUUAUGACUGUGCCUACUGAAGAAGAACAGAAGGAAUCGAAAGAACCUGUAGUGGAAAUUGAAGUACGUAAACCGGUACAGAUGUCCUUGGAAGAGUUGUAUUCCGAGCAAUUGGCGAAGAUCCCUGGAAUUGAACGCUUGGGACCUCUCUUCAAGACCACACAACCGGUGGAUUUGACAGAAGCCGAGACAGAAUACAGGGUGCGUCUUCUAAAACACGUCUACGGGCGUCAUGUUGUGCUACAAUUCGAAUGCGUCAACACCUUAAGCGACCAGCUUUUGGAACAGGUUCAUGUAAAACUGGAGGUGCCUCCAGAAUACGAGAUCAAAACUGUGAUCACGUGCCCGAAACUUCAGUACGACAAGCCUGGCAGCGUAUUCGUCUUGGUCGAGUAUCCUUGCGCGUUUCUGGACAGUUUAGGCACUUUUGGGGCGACUUUGGAGUUCACCGUCAAAGAUUGUGAUCCGACUUCUGGUCUCCCAGACCCUGGAGAGGGUUACGCAGAUUCGUAUCCCUUGGAGGAGUUCGAAAUGGGUUGCGCAGACCAGAUCAGAGCAAGAGCUGCGACUGACGAUUGGGAGCAGACUUGGGAGAGAGCGUCGAACGCGCCAGAAGCUAGCGAUACUUUCGUAUUGUCUCAGAACGAUAUCAACGAUGCGGCUAAGGCGGUUUGCGAGCAUUUAGGGUUGCCGAAGAACGCGAUAGUAGGUGAAGCGGUGAAGGAAAUAAGAGGAGGGGGUAUAUUUAGAGGGGGUGCCCCGGUGUUGGUUAGGGCUCGUCUUGCGAUAAGCUCCGGUGGGGUGACCAUGAAUUUGGUCGCUCGAUCGCCAAGGGAGGAUGUCGCGCAACUGCUGUUAGCCGCUGUUGGAUAAACCAGUAUUCCAUUAAGAGCAUUUUAAAGCUACAAGUCUAUUUGAGCCGAAUUAGGAGUGUCAAGCUCCAACGCCAAUACAAUGGAAUACAAAUAUACUUUAUUGAUCAGAGAGAAACAACAAUAUAAGAUCAUAAAUAAAUAAACAUAAACUCACGACUAUCCCAAUUGGGGUAGUCAAAAAUACAUCCAUCGCAAGAUGAAUCAAGUACCCACACCUCACCGAGCUUUUGCAUUUCUCUCAUACAGACUAAGCCACCUUACUUUACCCCCUUAGGGGACGAAUUUCGCGAAAUCCCGUCUUAGUGAGCACCUACGUCCUAAAAUUUGAGACUCCUAGCAUUUGUAGUUUCUGAGAUUUCGUGAUGAGUAAAUCCCUCAGUGGCCUUUUAGGUCGUUUUUAUAGACAUAUAAAUACAUACAUAGCGGUUAAACACAACCCUACUUUAUGCUUCGCCGCAGUACGCAGUAUAAAAAUAAGAAAUUCAGCUCAAGUGGACAUGCAGUUAACUAUAGCUAGAUCAAGGCAAUCUCCUUACUUAUUUGAUAAUUUACAUAUAUUCUACUAAAAACUACAAUAUAGUAACGGCCCCGAUUCCUGCACACACCUAAUUUUAUUUUCGGUUACCGUGCAGAGCCUACAGUACUGCUAAUAUGCGCAACAUGAUACUAUUUUGUCCCCCCGAACCCCCCCGGUUCGGUCCCUCCUCCGGUUGAUUGAGGGGACGCCUGUGCCCAGCAGUGGGACGUAUAUAGGCAGUUUAUGUGUCAUACAAUUUUGUCACGGUAAAUUUAUCAAUUCUGACGAUAUAAUUUUGUCGAUUCUUUGCUAAUAUGUGAACCCGAAUAAGUCAUGUCGUUCUGUCAAAAUACGAACAAAAUCACAUGGCGCGCGUUUUAGGGAAAAAAACAAAGUUAUCUUCAUCAUCAUCAGCCUAUUAACGUCCCCACUGCUGGGGCACGGGCCUUCCCUAUGGAUGGAUAGGGAGAUCGGCCUUAAACCAUCACGCGGGCCCAGUGCGGAUUGAUGGUUAUUAACACGACUGCUAAUGCAGCCGGGACCAACGGGUUAACGUGCCUUCCGAAGCACGGAUGAGCUCGAGAUGAAAACUUUUAUUUUUGUGGUCACCCAUCCUAUGACCGGCCUUUGCGAAAGUUGCUUAACUUCAACAAUCGCAGACCGAGCGCGUUUACCGCUGCGCCACCGAGCUCCUAAAGUUAUCUUAAUCGACCGAUUAUUUUAUCACGUUGCGCAUUUUAGACCUGCUGGAUUGAAACUAGCUUUGUCUAUUUCGAGGAUUUGUUAACCAAAAACAUCCGAAUGCGAUUUUUCAAAAGGCUCUUAGGUUUUCACUGUAAGGUGACAUUAUACGUUUGCAAGUGUAGAAACUUACAACUUGACUAGGCCCUUCGCUUAUCAACUUUAGUCUUGAUCAAGCUUUUGCCAUUCCAUAGACAAGAACAGGGUUAAAAAGGCCACAUGGAAGCAAUUCAUCUAAAAAAGCAUUAUUGCAAUUUGACAUUUGCGCAUAUAGAAGUAAAGUGCGCAAUGCAAACAAAUGUCAAAUAGCAAUAUUGCUUUUUUUAGAUGAAUUGCUUCGAUGUGGCAUUUUUAACCCGCCAGGUCUUAUACACUCUCAUUUUCUACAAAAUAUUAUUUAUAACUGAUGUAUGUACAUAAGUUUGAUUGUAUCUAAAAUAAAGUUAUAAUAAAUGAAAAGAACGGCAAAAGAGUGGAUUGUUUUAAAUAAUAAUAAAAAAAAAAUUACGUAUGAACUCUAUGAGCCUGUCCAGAUGAGGCGUUUUACGCGCGUUGUCAAACUACAGAGUACUUAAUAUCGUAACGAUACAGACGCCCAUAUCCAAGCAUGCAGGAAUCUAUAAAGUAAUCAAAUUACUCUGUGGUAUGAAAACGCGAGUAAAUCGCGCCUUCUGAACAAGGUCUAUGGGCUCUAUUUUAUGCUGUUUUGUGGCCAUUUUCGCCCUUUAGAUUUUUUUCUUAUUAUUUUGUUAUUUAUGUAAUCAAUUUUAAAUUAAGAUUAAAUAAAACUAUUAAGUAUA